UUUGGAUACGAGAUGAUUUGAGGCAGUUUGAGAGAAGGAGCCUGAUACCGCUGUACUCGAUUCACCAGCAGCUCGAUUGCACUUCCUGGCUGCAUUCAUCGCUCUACAUUCUCAUUGUUAUCCUGUCGCUUGGCAGCUGCCCCGGAAGUUGUCUCCGGGGCCGGUUCAGCUCCGGUGAAGUCUACGCCGGAUUCCGCGGCCCCGCGGUGGGCUAAAGGGACUGAGUGUCGGGGUGGGGGGAGAGGCGCAGGGUUGCACAGCGUGGAUGAGGCUCCCUGUGGAGGAGCCGCAAAAGAAAAGCAACUCAAGGAUGGAAAUUGAGGACUACAAUGGGCGCUCUUACAUGUCCGGAAGCACCUUUUCUACUGUGGUCGGUCAUAAGCUGGACUCCAUAUUCUACUCAUCAACUGUGGCAGCUCUUGAUCGACCAAAAGGUGGAGAUUCAUCUCUGGAAAAGGAAUUUUCAGAUGCGCUGAUUGGACCCACUGUGAGCACCCCAAAUAGCCGGCAUUCAUCCCCAAGUCGCUCACUAAGUGCAAACUCUAUUAAAGUAGAGAUGUAUAGUGAUGAUGAGUCUGGGCGCCUGCUUUCCCAUGAAGACCGACUGAGCGAGAAAGAAGAUGGGAUUAUGGGUGAUGACUCGCUGGUUGAGCCGCUGGGCUACUGCGAUGGUCCGGGACAAGACCCUCACUCUCCAGGUGGCAUUCGCCUCCCUAAUGGCAAACUCAAAUGUGAUAUUUGUGGAAUGGUAUGCAUUGGACCUAAUGUGUUGAUGGUGCACAAAAGAAGUCACACAGGUGAGCGUCCUUUCCACUGUAACCAGUGUGGUGCCUCAUUUACUCAGAAGGGGAAUCUCCUACGGCACAUAAAACUGCACUCGGGUGAGAAGCCUUUCAAGUGCCCAUUCUGUAACUACGCUUGUCGUCGUCGGGAUGCACUAACUGGUCACCUGCGCACACACGCUGUCUCCUCCCCCACAGUCGGCAAGCCUUACAAAUGCAACUACUGCGGUCGUAGCUACAAGCAGCAGAACACACUGGAAGAACACAAGGAGCGCUGCCACAACUAUUUGCAGAGCCUCAGCAAUGAAGCCCAGCACUUACCUGCACAUCCAGGUGAGGAGAUUCGAGACCUGGAGCUGGGACCAGAUGCCAUGAUGCACCCCUCCUCUGACCCGCCGUCUUUUAUGGACAGGCUGGCAUGCAACCUCACAAAACGCAAGCGCUCCACUCCUCAAAAAUUUAUGGGGGAGAAGCAGAUGCGACUCGGACUUGCUGAUCUCCCAUAUUAAAUGAACUCCAGCUUUGAAAAGGAUGUGGAGAUAGUGUCCCACCACCCUUUGGACUCUGCUUAUAGCAAUUCUUUGGCAUUUGUGGGAGGCCCUAUGCGCUUACCACCAACAAACUGCAUUUCAGAAAUCACUCCAGUCAUUAGCUCGGUAUAUACCCAACUCCAGCCGAUGCAAGGACGGCCAGACAUGCCAGGAAACCGAGAAGCAGCGGAGGGCCAUGAGGACAUCCCAGAUGGAACACAGAUACAUUACAGAGGACGUAGCGAACAUGGGGCUUCCCCCACUAAUGGCUGCCAGGACUCAACUACAGACACAGAAAGCAACCAUGAAGAGAGGGUAUCCCAGGCUACCAGCAGCCGGCAGAGCCCGGCCUACGCCAAAGAGGACCAGAGACCAUCUGAUGGAGGGUUGGUUUUACCAUCACGAUCUAUGCCUGGCACAGCCAAAGAAUCCCUGAGGGUACUGGGAGAGAAUGGGGAGCAAGUGAAGGUAUUUAAAUGUGAACACUGCCGGGUACUUUUUCUAGACCAUGUCAUGUUUACUAUCCACAUGGGUUGCCAUGGUUUCAGAGACCCUUUUGAGUGCAAUAUCUGUGGUUACCACAGUCAGGACCGGUACGAGUUUUCAUCUCAUAUUGUGAGAGGCGAGCACAAGGUUUAACAGUGGAGCCGGAUGUGCGGAAAAAAAAGCACAUUGAUGUCAGUUGAAAGAUGAAGUUUUCUGUACGGGCCUUGAAAAAUGCAGCCCUGUUUCCAAUUUUGUUUGUCUUUUUGUGAGAGACAAAUUCUAAGCACUUUCAAUUGUUUUAAAUCUGUUAACUCAUAUUUAGCACUAACAUUAUCUACAGAAACAUUCUACCAUAGAGAACCACAACAUUUCUUAAAUAGCUACAAAUAGGAUUCAUGCUAGGAUUAUUAUAUCUGUACAGAACAUAAAAGGGAAAGCAGAGCCAAAAAUAAAUCCAGCUUAAAUACACUAAUUAUGUUGUAUCCUGUGACACUACAUAUUUAUCAUCCUUCUUAGUUUUUCUGUUCAGUAGAUAUUCAACAUUUUUUAAAAAAAAUGUAUUUCCCAUGAUGCCCCAUGAGUGAAAGAGAGUACAUGUAUGCCACACAGGUGCUUGCUUUGCAUUUAUAGACAGAGCUACAUUGCAGGUAAGAUACAUUUACUAUACUGCCCUCACAAGUCUUUUUCCUCAAAUUUAUUUAAGCUUAAUUUAUUUUUGGUAACACUUUCCCUUUAAUAUAAAGGCACAUGAGCAGAGCUGAAAGAACACUGUCAGAAGUUCUGCUGAAUUUAUUUUUAAUCAGAAGGUGACAAGGCACUCUUGGAGUGCUUGUCGAGUAACACUGUUGCAGGAACACACAAGCUUGGCUUAAGCCUUACUUUGAUUGGUUCAUUCAAUUAAAGUGCCUUUUUGUCUUUAAGGGGUGCACAUGUGGUUGCAGAAGAGCAUAGUAUUUACUAACAGAUUCUUUCGGUUGAACUUCCCGAUGCUCAGCAGAGGAGGAGUUAUCAUUAUACUACUUAAGGUUGCAAAAUAGCUCAGAGUUACCCCCUACUAACAGAUACACACACAUCUCACCAGAUGUCUCCAGCAUGGUCCAGUGAAAAGGAGGGCAGCCAAUAUUUAAUGUAGAGUAUGGGAAAAUGGUGCCCUUUCAUAGUGUACUCUGGGAAAAAAAUGGAAAACUCUAUACAAAAUAAAACCUCUUUUCUCCUCAGCACUCAGACCAGUGGUGCUGUAAACCUCCUCUCUAUCCUGCCCUUUUUCUCUUUUGCACUGACUGUAAACAAAAAUAAGAGAGAAAAAGCUAGAGACUGCUUACCUAUCAAGGGGUGUUGUUUUAACAAGACAAAAAAUCUUCCUUUUUUUAUAUCUGGCAAUUGAUUUUCCAUAUUUACUUUUAUUUCCCCUUAGCUGCCUGAUUAACGUCUAGUUUGCUGCAGCGUUACACUACCUCUUGCAGUAAAACACCAUGAAUUCUAGGGGGUUUACCUUUUAAUUUGUUCCCUUCCCCCAUGCUGACUUUUAUACUGGUAUUUUUUUUUCUGUUGCAUGUCGGAACGCACACAGCCUGAUUUUUAUCAGGUACCUCCGAUUUCCAUUUCAAGGCUUUGGAGUGAAAUCUGUCCAGAGCAUGAUAAUCACUGUAAUACCAGCUAUGCAUUAAACGUUGCUGUACAAUUAUGCUUUGCUCUUCUCCUAGGAAACAAAAGUCUUAUGGUGAGUUGGCAAUUCAUAUUUCUGAUUGCUCCGUUAUUGCUACAUUGGAUUUUAUUUUGUCAACUUGCGCUACAAUAUACUGAAGCAAUUCACAACCCUACUAAAAAAGGCAGAUGUGCAUGUUACAUUGCAUUUUUUUCCAUUAUUAUUUUAUGUCCUUCUAUAGCAUAAAUGGUCAUGAUUAUUUCCUCCAGAAUUUCUAAAUUGAUGCCUCAAAUCCCGGAAACAACGAGUCUAUUAUGUUCUUAUUUUCCUGAACUGCACUUCAAGUAAAUGAUACCCCUGCUUUAUAGCAUUCAUGAUUCUAAGUUUUCCCGCUGUGCAAAAAUGACAUGUAUGGCAGCAUCACUGUGCUUCCUUGUGAUUAUUUUUGGACUUUAUCUCUCUGGCUUCACAGCCCUUUGCAUAUUUAAUAGUAUUUGCCAUCUCCCAAAAUGUCUUCUUCACUACUAUAAUUAAGUACCUUAAGUAGAUAACCUUUACUUAAACUACUUUUAAAUGAAGUGUCCUAUUAAUCAAGAAGUCAUGUAAUAACACACAGACUCUUUCUUUUACAUGCGCAGUGGGUGAAUUGUGUUUAACUGUCACUUCUGCUUCCUAAACAGAUACAUUUUAUCCUUCUGUCUGCAGAAUUUUAUCUAGUGGUUAUAUAUUAAAGAAACUGUCAGUUUAAACCUAUCCAUUGCAGAUUGCAGCUUUUGGACACUUCCCUUAAAUACUGUUUUCUUUCUACAAACUCCAUUAGAAGCAUGUUAUCCUAAUGUACGUUCAGGAUGCACAGAACUAAUCAUUCUCUCUGCAGCUUUAAACCAAAGGUGGUUGAGUAUUUUUUUCUAUGUUUUAAUCAAAGCAACACAAAACACCUCUGACAUUUCUGUUCUUCACAGGUAAUUUGUCUUGUAAGGCUAUGUAUAAAAAGUAUUGGCACCUCUAAUAGAUAAAUAUAUAUGGUGGCUGAAUGAGAAAGCAAUUAUAAGUGUUGUCUUUCUCCCUGAAUGUAACUUUGCUCAUCUGCAGAUGUAAUUGCACUAAUAUAUUUUAUUUCCCCAGCAAAUGUUUAAACAAGGGGGCACUAACAUUAAAGGGGUUCCUGCAAGCAUGUAACUCUGACUGAAAGGCUAAAGGCAACCAAAGGCAACGAUGUACUGAUUUUGCUGUGAUUUAUUCUAUACUUCAAUUUGUUAGCAACACUAAUGUCCUGCACCAGCAAAUUAACUGUAAUUAUCUGGGGUUUUUACACAAGGUUCAACUGUGAAAUUGUCAUGUGAUAUUUUUAAUGGUUUACAAAAAUUGUCAACAUUCUGAAAGUAAUAUAUGUUAUGGAAUGUUUAUCUUUGUGUGUAGGUGUUACCAGUACAUAUUAAGGGGAGACCUUAGAAUUUACUUAGUAUUUAUCAGUAUUCCUAUACAUCUUAAUGGAAUACUAAAUACACCUCCAAUAUAAUUGCUUUCUUGUUCAGACCAUAUAUUUUCAGAUUGAGAAAUAUGUCUAUUUAUUCAUUAGCUUUUCUAUAGUGAUUAAUGCAAACACAAGAAAUACUACACCUUCCAAGUUUAUAUAUAUAUGUGAAGGGAUGUUUAAAUAGAAAAAACAAAGAAGAAAUUAUAUUUAUAGGGUAGGUUUCCCCUUGGAGUGAAAAUAUACUUUGUUUGUAACCAGUAUUAAUCUUCCAUUUAUGUUCUUUUAGGGCAAUGGCAGUCAAAAGCCUUGAUACCCUAUUGAGGGAUAAAGUGAGUCCAUCUACAUGGACAG